AAAUAAUAUAUGCAACACACAAGCUAAUUAAAUUUCGCCGAAAUUAAUAAACUUGAGCUAAAAAUAAUGUAACACGCUGCAAUUUUUGCUAAAUUGCCCAAAUGUUGUCCAUCACUUUCAUAUAUUGCACUAAAUUACUGUUUUAGUUGUUCUACAUGUUAAAAAUAGUUUCAAACCAUUAUAAAUGGCAUGUUUUAACAUAGAACUUGGACACUGCUAGCAAAUUUUGAUAUUUGGUAAGUACAAUUUCAUAUUGUUUUAUGUAACGUAACGAAAGAGACAGCAGCAAUAUUUUUACUAAUAACAAUUAAUUAUAAACGUAACUGCCACAUCCAUAUGCCAUUUUUGGCUUCACUUUUAGAGUAUAUAAACUGGAAUUGUAGGAACAGAAAUCAUUCACAAUUCAUUUGUGCUUUCAAACAACAACAAUUCCAGCAAUAAACAUGCUUGCGAAAAUUGUGGUUUUGUCCGCCAUUUUGGGAUGUGCACUGAGUGCUCCCCAUGGUACAUCAUACGCCUCAGUCAACCAACACUUUGAUAAUCAUCAUGAUGGCCAUAAUGAACACCACUACGAUAUCCACGACCAUGAUGAUCAUCAUGCUUAUGAUAAUCAUGUUGAUCAUCACUAUGUAGCUCAUGAGAACGAUUGGGAACAUCAUUACGAAGAACCUAGCGUUGAAGUAGCUCAUUAUGACCAUCACGAUGACCAUCACGAUGACCACCAUGAGGAGCAUCACGAUCAUCAUCCCAAGUAUGAAUUCAAAUAUGGCGUUGAAGAUCACCACACGCAUGACAUGAAGUCCCAGGAAGAGCACCGCGAUGGCGAUGUUGUCAAGGGACACUACAAGCUGGUUCAACCCGACGGCAGGACUCGCAUUGUUCAUUACACCGCUGAUAAGCACAAUGGAUUCAAUGCUGAUGUCACCUAUUCGGGACAUGCCGAUCAUCCGUCUCAUCACGAACAUUACUAGAUCGAUUUAUUUGACUGAGUGAUAUGAAUGGGACUAUGAUAAUGUUGUGAUCAAGAUGGAUAUAGCUAUUUAUUUUUUGUAUAUUGACCUACCUACUGUCAAAUGUUUAUA